GGGGCUCCGGCGCGUGGACAGGUCACGAGGAGAAAUGGGGCGCGGGCGGCGGCCGCCCGACGGGCCUUAGCGCACACCCAGGGCGCGCGCGGAACCCGGACGCCCGGGACGCGGGGAGGCGACGUGGCGGGCGCUGCCGCGGGGCUGGACACUGCCCAGAGCCGGGCUGCGCCCGGGGUAGCACUGGACUCCCCUCGCCACCUGCUAAGGGCUCGGGGGUGGCUCAGGCGGCGCCCCCUGGUGGUCCCGUCCGGCCGCGCGGGGCUCGCACAUCGCCCAGAAAGGUCCACCGGCCGCGUUUGAGGGAGCGCACGGUGGUCCAGGAACCUGAGAACCUUCUGCAUGGAAACUUAUCCUCUCGGCCACCCCGCUAGGAUUCUGGAGAUCAUUUUAGGAGGGUCGUGGAGGUGAUAGAAGACGAAGGAAAAGCGACAGAAACCUGCUCAUGGCUGCAGAGCUGUCCCUAAAGCAAAAUUAGAGGUGAAGCCAGCCCUCAGCCCCGGCCCCUCCCAUCCCAGCCAGGCCCAGAUCAGCCAGUUCCGAAUGAUGGUGUCGCUGGGACAUUUAGCCAAAGGAGCCAGCCUGGACGAGCUCAUCGAUAGCUGCAUUCAAUCUUUCGAUGCAGAUGGAAACCUGUGUCGAAGUAACCAGCUGCUGCAGGUUAUGCUGACGAUGCACCGGAUCAUUGUGUCCUCCGCGGAACUGCUCCAAAAAGUGAUUGUGCUCUAUAAAGAUGCCUUGGCAAAGAAUUCUCCAGGGCUUUGCCUGAAGAUAUGUUAUUUUGUAAGGUACUGGAUUACGGAGUUCUGGAUCAUGUUUAAGAUGGACGCCAGCCUGACCCACACCAUGGAGGAGUUCCAGGACCUGGUGAAAGCCCAUGGGGAGGAGCUGCACUGCCGGCUCAUUGACACCACUCAGAUCAAUUCCCGUGACUGGUCCAGGAAACUGACUCAAAGGAUAAAAUCAAACACCAGCAAGAAGCGGAAAGUGUCUCUGCUCUUUGACCACCUGGAGCCGGAAGAGCUCUCAGAGCACCUCACCUAUCUGGAGUUCAAGUCCUUCCGGAGGAUAUCGUUUUCCGAUUACCAGAAUUACCUGGUGAACAGCUGCGUGAAGGAGAACCCCACAAUGGAGCGGUCCAUUGCCCUGUGCAAUGGUAUCUCCCAGUGGGUGCAGCUGAUGGUUCUCAGCCGCCCCACCCCACAGCUUCGAGCGGAAGUCUUCAUCAAAUUCAUCCAGGUGGCUCAGAAGCUCCACCAGCUCCAGAACUUUAACACACUGAUGGCGGUGAUCGGGGGGCUCUGCCACAGCUCCAUCUCCAGGCUCAAGGAGACAAGCUCCCACGUCCCACAUGAGAUCAAUAAGGUUCUGGGGGAGAUGACCGAGCUGCUGUCCUCCUGUAGAAACUAUGACAACUACCGCCGCGCCUAUGGGGAGUGCACCCACUUCAAGAUCCCCAUCCUGGGGGUGCACCUUAAGGACCUCAUCUCGCUGUAUGAAGCCAUGCCGGACUACCUGGAGGAUGGGAAGGUGAACGUGCAUAAGCUGCUGGCCCUGUACAACCACAUCAACGAGCUGGUGCAGCUGCAGGAGGUGGCCCCACCCCUGGAGGCCAACAAGGACCUCGUGCACCUGCUGACGCUCUCCCUAGAUCUCUACUACACGGAAGAUGAAAUCUACGAGCUCUCCUAUGCCAGGGAGCCCAGGAACCACAGAGCGCCCCCACUAACACCUUCAAAGCCGCCAGUAGUGGUAGACUGGGCCUCUGGAGUGUCUCCUAAACCUGACCCAAAGACCAUAAGCAAACACGUCCAGAGGAUGGUGGAUUCUGUCUUCAAGAACUAUGAUCAUGACCAGGAUGGAUACAUUUCUCAAGAAGAGUUUGAAAAGAUUGCUGCAAGUUUCCCAUUUUCCUUCUGCGUAAUGGACAAAGACAGGGAAGGACUCAUUAGCAGAGAUGAGAUCACAGCCUACUUCAUGAGGGCCAGCUCAAUCUACUCAAAGUUGGGUCUGGGCUUUCCUCAUAACUUCCAAGAGACCACCUACCUGAAGCCCACUUUCUGUGACAACUGUGCUGGAUUUCUCUGGGGCGUCAUCAAACAAGGAUAUCGAUGUAAAGAUUGUGGGAUGAACUGCCACAAACAAUGCAAGGACCUGGUUGUGUUUGAGUGCAAGAAGCGAUCCAAGAAUGCAGCAGCUCUCACGGAGCACAGCACUCCUGGGGGGCCAGCACCCGACCUCUGCUCACUAGGAGCCAGGGACCUGCUCCAUGCUCCUGAGGAAGGAGGACCUUUUACAUUCCAUAAUGGGGAAGCCGUGGAACACAGCGAGGAGAGUAAAGACCGGACCAUCAUGCUCAUGGGCGUGUCCUCACAGAAGAUCUCUGUUCGGCUGAGGAGGACUGUUGCCCACAAGGCCACACAGACCGAAUCCCUGCUUUGGCUUGGAAGUGAGGGCUCUGCCGGCCCUUUUGUGCUGUCAUCCCCAAGGAAGACAGCCCAAGAUACACUCGAUGUGGUUCCUGGUCCCACAUCUCCAUGCCCCAGCCCAGUCUUGAUCAGAAAGCGGGCUUUUGUCAAGUGGGAAAAUAAAGAUUCCUUCAUAAAAUCAAAGGAGGAGCUCCGUCACUUCAGACUCCCAACCUACCAAGAGCUGGAACAGAAAAUAAAUACCCUGAAAGCAGACAACGAUGCUUUAAAGACCCAACUGAAGUAUGCACAGAAGAAAAUAGAAACCCUCCGGCUUUCAAGAAGCAAUCAUGUCUUAGCUCAAAUGGAGCAGGGUGACUGUUAGCCCAGAAAAUCAAGGAGCAUAUUCUACAGAAGAGUACAUCAGAACUCACAUUUCUUAAACAGAUGAACACAAACAGGGAACCACAGAUUUUAAAAUUGAACUUAAAAAGAAAAAAAAAAAUCAAAAUUCAGUCAACUCCUUCCUUGACCUGAGAUUGCUAACAAUGUGGUAGUGUUUUCUUACCUAAUCAGCUGUACCAAUGUGAAGAAAAGCUGAUCAAAUGCAGAGUUUUGCCAAUCAUACCACAAACUUUUUCAAAAGCAUGCAAAACGAAACACAUGACUGUGAUUUCCUGACAAGGUGGUUUCUCACGUGACUUUCCCAACUGCUUCUUAGAAUUAAAGUCCCUGGAAAAUGUGUUUGUUUUUGUCACCAGAUAUGAGAUUUGUGAAGUAAGUUAGAAUUUACUUUGUUCUAUCUAAAAAGCUCAUUUACAGAAAAACACCGAUGUUCUGUAAAAGUAGAUUUACUUUCUCAAUAGUGCAGCAUUUUUUCAUGAAUCUGGUUUCUCCUUUACUACCUCAGAUACAAUCAUUAGCCCUUUCCCUCUCCUUCCACUACCCUCAUAUACAUAUAUAUAUAUGAUACAUAUCUAUUUACCUAGAAAUGAACUUCUAAAUAUGUAACCAUUUUAGGAGCCUACUAAAGAUCCAGUUGCAAGUCAGCUUGUAAGUUUUAGUCUCACAAUCAUAAGUCACAAUAAAAUAAACAACCAAAUUAAGAAACUGGAAACAUGGCUAUUACCAUUACGUUGGGUGUGACUGAUUAGCUAAAAUAAUGUGAACAAGAUGUUUGUCCUCAUAUAGUCUUCAGUGGUCAGAAUUAGGAAUUUGUGACUUAAAAUAUUUUGGAGUCUGCUUAAUUCACGUUCUGUUAUUUUUAAAGUAACUAUUUCUAAAGUUCUCUUUUGACUUACAUUUGUGCUUUUACUAUCUUUAGUACUGAUACUAUUUAGAAAUAAGCUAAUUGGAUCAGAGGCUUCAGUAACUGAAUGUAUAUAUGUAUAUAGCAUGUAUAUCAGGCAUGUAUGUGGCUUAGAAUUUUUUGUUUUCUAUAUAAAAAUGUGUUAGUGAAUUAAACUACUUUUAGUCAUUUACACAAAUUGAUAAGAAUAAAGAUCCAUAGGCAACAAGAUGAAAAAUUGCAUAUGAUGUAAACUACCAUUUGGCAGGAUCACAAGUAAAUGUCAAGUGAGUUGUCUAUUCAUGAGAGUUGUGUUAAACUGGCACAUUCAGUUGUCUGAGCAACCGCUUACAAACUCAUUUGUCAGCUUCUUGUUCUCUUAAAAAAUUUAUUAUGAUCAUUUUCUCUUGGGAGGGAAACUUACGUUCUAUGUUGGGAAAGCCCUGAACUAAACUGAGUUGACAAACUAUUAAGGAUACAAUCUCAAAAGUUUCAAAACUAGGAAUACCAAGUCUUAAUUGAAUUAAAAAUAUUGCUUUCCUGGAUUAUUCAGACCAAUUCCAUUUGCAUAACUGGUACUGAAUAUUAACUGAAUCACUUUUAUACAGAUCUUAGCCAUUUUCUAAAAUGAAACUCAUAACCAGAGCAGCACCACCAGGUAUACAAACUUAUAAGUGCACUUUACAACGGAUCUUAUGAACAAAUAUGAGUUUAUGACAAGCUUUAAAAAGCAUAUUCUUCACUAUUCUUGUCCUGAUACCUUCCUGACCAAAGGUAGUACAGUUUAGUUUCUUUAAAUAGUCACAUGACUCCCCCCCCAUUUUUUUUACCCCCUUCCAAAAUACUGUCCCCAGAUUAGUCUCUCUGCAGGUAUCUAUGAUCUAAAGGAAUUCAUAGGACCACAGGUGCAUGAAUAUGGCUAGAAGAUCUUAAUCAUUUCAGAAUAUACCACACAUGAAGAGUAGUUUCAACACAGGCCUUUACAGCCCAGCAAGGGCUGAAGAACACUGUGUAAAAACUCACACUGACCUCCACUGUAAUAGUAGAAUCCACAAAUAUAAUCUGGAACACAAUUUUAUCAAGUCCAGGAUCUACCAAUUUUUUCAUCUUGUAUGGCUGUAAAUUAAGUUUGAGCACAUUUAUUAUCUGUCUAUGUUUUGGUAAAUGACUUGUCUUUUAAUUGAAUUUGUGAAUUUCUGUCUAAAGAUAGAAUAUGUGUAAAAUUGCAAGGAAACCAAGUGUACAAAUUGUAAAGGUGUUUUAUAUAUAUAUAUAUGUAUUGUACGUUUUCUUUGUGUAAUAUUUAUAUGAUAAAAGGUCUUAGGAUCUCUAAAACAAUAAACAUCUUGUGUUUUUUUUUC